UCGGUCUGUUCUUUGAAAAAAAAUUACACAGUCCCGUCCGGACGGUUUUCAUACAACAAAAAUGGAACAGGCCCGUUCCCCCACCUCUACGGUAUACACCGUGCCCGAUCUCCUUUGAUUUUCACUACUCCAACUCGUGAGCUCCAAUCCUGAAGAAAUCUUCCGUCGCAGAUUUCCGGCGAAGCGGAACAUGAGAGCACCGAGGAUGCGGUGGAAGAGCACCCUUCAUGCUCGGUUCGUUCACUCAGUCGAGUUCUUGGGUGGCCAUGAAACUACACCCAAGUCGGUUCUUGAACUAAUGGAUGUCAAAGAUCUCACCUUGGCUCAUGUGAAAUCCCAUUUACAGAGACAUGAUAUAUUCAAGAAAAGAAUUGAUUCACACGGUAAUGUUAUUGAAGUCAGACAAGAAGAAAUCGGUGCUCCUAAGGUUGAAAGGCCUUUACAAAGACACGGUGGCAGGCUGGAACAUAAUGAGACAUACUGUGUUUCUUGCUUUGGUGCAGAAAUGUCAGAUGAUGAAUGUUGUAAUUCAUGUGAAGAAGUCCGUUCAGCAUACAGAAAAAAAGGAUGGGCAAUCUCGAAUACAGAUUCAAUAGAUCAGGAAGAUUGAAGGACCAGCGAACGGUGCUAUUAUAUAUACUUCAAUUCUCAUUUAGUUUGCCUUCAUUAAUAAAUUAAUUAAUAUCAAUGGUUUGGGGUACUUGCUGUGAUUCAUGUUUUUAAUUUUUUAUCAAUUGGUAAUUUAGGUGAAAUACCAACGGCAAAUACAAGAGUCCAGGUCCUCCUUUGAACAUCAUGUGAUGUAUUCUGCCACCUACUAAUCCUUUGAGGGUGUCAGUGGAAAAUUGCUCUGCCACGUGCUAUUAUCUGAGAACCUCUUGUAAGUGCUGGUAACAACUAGCAAGAAAGUUCUGAAUGCCUGAUAAAACAAAAGGAAAUGGUUGCCUAACAUGGUCAUUCAAAGUUAAAGAAUAUUGACCAGUUGUGUAUUCCUUUUUAAUGAAAUGUCAGUCAUAUUUCUAUUUGAUUUGUAUUUUCAUGGCACCAUAACCUUUUUAACCCAAUUUGCAACAUUCAUUUUGUUCUCCAACCACGUGAUUCUCAAAUAUCUAGCUUCUGUCAAUGAUGUUGCAGAUCAAUGGUGAGUUUUGUUCUCAAAUUUGUACUUUUUUUAAUGUUUGUUUGCUUAUAGUUUAUUGCCUAUGUUAGAGUUGAGCUGAUUUACAUUGGACUUUAUUCAGUAUUACAUAGAACUUUGAACUUCAUAUUCCGGUAUCUAUGUUUCUGAAGUCCUAACCUAACUACUCCGUAUUACAUAUUACUUCCAUUCUGGGUCUUCUGUUCUUUCAGUCUUAUAUCUGUUUUCCACUCAUUUUGACUAUUUCGAAGUGGUCCAUUGAUCAGGAUGAGUGAACUUAAUCAGAGUGCUACUAUCAGUCCUCACAAGGUUUCCCAUUGGAGAGGACAUGAUCCAGACCAGUUACCUCUCCAUACAAUGACCUUCAGUUUUGCUUCUUAUCAAUGAUAUGAUUUUAUUGCCUUGUUUCACUUCCUGAAGGAUAUAAGUACUCAAUUGCGCGGCCAACGAGUCUGGAAAAGAUGUGGUACCAUAAUGUUCCACAGACCAAGCUUGCAGAGGUUAAGGGGCAUCAGAACUGGGUUAAUUUAGUGGUGAAUACCUUACCUUUCCUGGAAGUGGAACCCAAUUUAAGCAUGGCGCCCUUCAUUAUAUUGAUUUUCUACAGCAGGUAGUAAGCUUCUCUUGGAAUUGAACCAUGUGCUCCGACCUGGUGGGUACUUUGUAUGGUCUGCCACUCCUGUCUAUCAGAAGCUUCCUGAAAAUGUUGAAAUCUGGGAAGGCUACUUGUUUGAAAGUGAUCUCCCAACUUAUUUGCCCAACUAUAAAUUCAUAGUAGCUUGCACUAUAUUGGGAUUUUUAUUGACAACCAUGAAGAAAUUGACCAAGAAAAUGUGCUGGGAAAAUGUUAAAGUGAACAAGGAUAGAUUGAAUGGAGUAGGUGCUGCCUUCUAUAGCAAACCAAUUACCAAUGAGUGCUAUGAGCAAAGGUCAAAUGAAAAUCCUCCGCUCUGCAACGAGUCUGAUGAUCCUAAUGCAGUCUGGUGAGAUUUUGAUUGCUAUUUUCUACCUUGGAAGCUUUUGGCUACUCUAUAUCAUAGCUAGGGGCUAGGGCAGUUAACGAGCCGAGCCGAGCCCGAACACCUAUAGCUCAAGUUCGGCUCGAUAAGGAAGUGAUGGUGUUCGGGUUCCAGCUCGAAGCUCGGCAAGCUUUACAAAUGAGGCUCGUGUUCGGCUCGAUAGGCGUUCAGUUGGUGAGAAUAUUUCCCUGUUCCUUCACCUCCUUUAUUUAAUAUUUCUUUCGUUUUUGUUGUAUUCAGAUUUGUAGCUACCUUAAAAGUUUUUAAAGUAUGGGUUAUGAACAUUGUUUCAAUCGAGUCUGCUGAUACACUACCUAUAAUAUACGAGAGAGGUCUUUUUGGAAUGUAUCAUGGCCGGUGUGAAUCAUUCAGCGCUUACCCUAGAUCUCAUGAUCUUCUCCAUGCAGAUCAUCUCUUCUCCAAGAUAAAGAGAAACUAUGUAUCCUCCGCAAUUCACUUUCACAUGUCUUUUCGUUCCUAUGAUCUAAUUUUUCUUUUUUAUUUUUACUUUUUUUUGGGAAAACUUUUUCAGGUGUAGCUUGAUGGGUUUGGUUGCAGAGGCAGGAUAUUGAGACCUGAAGGAAAGAUCAUAAUGCUGGACCACCCGGAGAUAAUAAGUGAAUUGGAAAACAUAUUCAAGUCUGAAUUAUGAGACGCGGGACCAACUGGUCUUUUUUAUUGUUUUCACUGGGGUUAAGGCGGUUAAGCAAAUGGAUAGCUUUUCAGAAAAAAAAUAUUUAGUAAAAAAUGUACCUUUAUUGAACUAGCUCUGAGAUUAAAUUCAAUCUUUUAGUUUGAUCUAACCCAAAUGCCUUUGGACCCAGUUGAGAAACCCCACCUCAAUCUUGAAGUCUAUCAGUUUACUUCUGUUACCAACUUAGUGAACUCUUGUGUGUGUAACUAACCAGGCAAACUUCAGGAUGGAAGGGAAGUCUAAGUGAAGCGUUUAUACGAGCACAACAACAAGAGAAUGGAGCAAUUUAGAAAUGAGAUUGAGAUUCUGAACUGCCUUAGACACCAUAAUCUUGUAACCUUUUCUCUUUCUUUUUCUGCAAUUUUGGAAACUGAAAACUCUUCAUUUUCCUGCAAUUUUCUUUUCAGGAGAAGUGAAGUGCAAGGCCAUUGUUUGUAUAACAGUUUAGGGAAGCCCUGUGAUGAAAUAUGGAUGAAGAUUAUAGAACUCCUGUUGGAAUGGACCAGAGGAUGAUGAAGACAGUCCAGCAUUUUGAUUCUCAGUAACCACCUCUUGGAACAUGCGUCCUCUAUAAGCAGCAAGAUCCGCAUAAUACACCGGUGGAACUAGUGAGACGGAGUUUGAGCAACGGGCAGAAGUGAAGCACAGAUCAUAAAUCAACUUUUGCAAGCCAUCAGAGGUGAAAUGGUUCUCGUCCCAAAGGGCAUAGUAACGUGUGGGCUUGCUUGUACCGAGGCUUCCAUAGUGACUGCACAAGAAAAAGUCAAAGUUAACCGGGUGCACGACUGUUGUGUCGACAACUGUCCCAGGGGGCACAUUGUCUGGCACACCUUCAUUGUUCCUAUUAUCGAGGAAGAGACGAGUUCUGUGUCUCUUUUGGGCCACAAUAAAAGUGAUCGGCGGUUGAUAGUCUUCAGUGUAAAUCUUCUUCUUCAUAUCAAUAAGCUCUUCAUUAAGCACGAUUUCGAACUGACCCUCACUCACGCCAUCACGGAAGACCACAAUCCUCAUUGGUCUUAUGUUGUUUGUCUUAGCAUAAGCAUAUACCAGAUCGGAACACAUGCUGCCAAAAUUAAGGAUCAUUUCAGUCCAUUGCUUUUGUGGGCAAACCCUAGCAGCAUAGCGAUUUGCAGCAGGCCAGUU